UUGGUCAAAUUGCUUGUUUUUCACUCGUCUGCUUAUUGCUUGCCGUGUGCCGGACAGUUGAUUGCAAGCACGAUCCGAAAUGGAUAAAACCGGGCGCCCUGGAUCGUUGGAGACAGCAGCAGCAGCAGAAGGAGCGCUCACGAGAAAACCAUCCCAACGAUGCGUCAUGCGAGGCGGAACCAACGGUAUGUGAUUGUCUGCCUGUGGUUGAAUCAGCAUCGUCCAUACCCUGCAGCCCAGACAUCAGCGAAGAUCAACGAAUGGCCUUGGUUUACUACCGGAAGCUAGUUCAAACGCUAUUUGGACGCAACACUCCCGAACCACCGACGAAGAAUGUCCACACAAUCGAUCUAUCCCUACGCAUCUCAGCGCGCGAACAAGCGAAGCUGCUGGACGAAUCGACCUCGGCCCGUGAGCUCAAUUGGAUAGUGUCAGCAAUCUUGGAACAGUCGGACAACACCCGGCAGUGGGUAGCUUUCCGCGAAAAUCAAUGUGAACGUUUGUACGGCUUUCUGAUGCAACUGUUCGAGUCGCAGUUCUUGCAGUACAUACUGCCAGUGCUGCUGAUGAUUGCCGGUUGCUACGCUCUCCGGGUGAUUGCUCGCAUUACACAUCUGCAUCCCUUCAUAGUGUUCCUGCUGCUCAGCUUAAGCAUCACGGUGUGCAAGAAGUGGAAGGAAUGCAACGAAAAUUUGGCCCGCAAAACGUUGGAAAGUAUGGAAGCUCCUCCUACGACCCGCUGGACGUCUAUAUUUGGAACGUUACGUUCCCGGCAGGAUGGCGCUACGCCGCUUCUGAUAUGUGAUCCGCUGCAGGUGCUGGUGCAAUCAACCGUUUCGAUACAGGCCGACUUCUUCAAGAGCAUGUUCAGUGAGUUCUAUGGCGCAUACACCGAAUACACAAAGGAUGCUGGAUGGCUUGAGAGAUCAAUGAUCGGCCUACUGAUGCUGGGAUUUGCGUACAUUCUCAUCACGGCACUCGUUAACGUGGGUAUAAGCAGUGGCUUUCAGAUGUUCGGUACCAUAGUUACCAGCACAUUGCGAUCAUCCGGACCAGCCAACAAUAAUGGCCAGCAGCAGCAGCAGCAACAACAAUUGCCAACGGUGAAUUUAAACUUUCAUAUCAGUGACGGAGCCGCACGAUCGAUUUCGGUGGCCGAAAUGUUGCGACAAGAGAGCCAGCAGCGAAUCGAGGUAGUGUCGGAGGAAGUCGCCGCGCCGGUGCAAGCGAUUGAGGAAGCUACAACCGUGGAGGCAUACUCUUCGGAAGCCACCACUAAGGAAGCUACGAAGAAAUCAGAAGAAGUGCCCACGGAAAACGCAAACGAUGUAAAGUGAUUAUUUUGUGUUUAAGAUAAGGCUAGUGCGUAAUGCUUAGGUGUGGCCAUUAAUGAGAUAAGUGCCGCCUAGUGCUGUCUUAGAUUGUUAGUGCUUUCUUCAACGUGUAUUGUACCCCUUUUUUCUAUGAAACAGUUAUCAAAUCGUUAGGGAUAAGCUCUCCCCCUGUAUAUUAUACCCGGCAUGGUCCGAUGUGUGAGUAGUGUAAUCGUGCGCGGCACUGUAGAGCAACGCGAAUCGAAACAACAUGCUUCCGCUCACCAUUCGUAGUGUAUCGUUCGUCUGCAUGUUGCUUGUCGUGUGUCUUCGCAUAGUGGAUUGCAGACAUGACCCGAAAUGGAUCAAAACUGGCGCCCUGGAUCGUUGGGGACAGCAACAGCAGCAGAAGGAGCGCUCACGAGAAAACCAUCCCAACGAUGCGUCAUGCGAGGCGGAACCAACGGUAUGUGAUUGUCUGCCUGUGGUUGAAUCAGCAUCGUCCAUACCCUGCAGCCCAGACAUCAGCGAAGAUCAACGAAUGGCCUUGGUUUACUACCGGAAGCUAGUUCAAACGCUAUUUGGACGCAACACUCCCGAACCACCGACGAAGAAUGUCCACACAAUCGAUCUAUCCCUACGCAUCUCAGCGCGCGAACAAGCGAAGCUGCUGGACGAAUCGACCUCGGCCCGUGAGCUCAAUUGGAUAGUGUCGGCAGUACUGCAGCAGUCCGACGAAGCUCGGCAUUUGUCGCUUAUCCGCGAGCAGCAAUGCGAACGUUUGUACGACUUUCUGAUGCAACUGUUCGAGUCAAAAAUUGUGGACGGUUUACUACUGCCAGCGUUCCUGCUUAUCGCCGGUUGUUACGCUAUCCGGGUGAUUGCUCGCAUCACACGACUCAAGCAUUUCACAGUAUUCCUGCUGCUCAUCUUAAGCAUCACGGUGUGCAAGAAGUGGAAGGAAUGCAACGAAAAUUUGGCCCGACAAUCGUUGGAAGGCAUGGAAACAACGCCUCCGAGCCGCUGGACGUCUAUAUUUGGAAUGUUUCGUUCCCGGAAGGAUGGCGCUGGGGCGCUCCCAAUCUGUGACCCAUUGCAGGUGCUGGUGGAAUCAACCGUUUGGAUACAGGCCGUCUACUUCAAGAGCUUGUUCAGGGAGUACAUCAAUACAUACACCGAAAUCACAAACGAUGUAGUAUGGUGGCAGGCGAUACUUAUCGGUCUGUUAAUGUUGGGAUUUACGUACAUUAUAAUCACGACUCUCGUUCCCAUAAGCAUUCGCAGUGGAUUUGAAAUGUUCGGGACGGUAGUUUCCAGCAGAUUCCGAUCAUCUAGGCCACUCGAUAAUAAUGGCCAACAGCAGCAGCAGCAGCAGCAACCACUACCAACGGUUAAUUUGAACUUCAACAUCCGUGACGGACCAGCACGAUCGGUUACGGUGAGCGAAAUGUUGCCACAUGAAGGCCAGCGCAUCGAGAUAGUGUCGGAGCAGGUAGCGGCACCAGUGCAACCACUCGAAGCAACUAAACCGUCUAACGUAGGGGCAAAGUGUGUACGGAGAAACCGGAAAAAGUGACGACCCUGUAAAACCAAAGCGAUGUAAAGUGACUCAUUUGUGUUAGAAUAGGGCGGGGAUGUAAAGGCGAUUUAUGUUUGUGUCGGUUGAGAUAAGUGACGCUUGUGUUCUUUGACUAUGUAUAUAUAGCGCUUGUCUGAAUGUGUUAUUGUAGCCCCCUUUCGGAUGCGUUUUACGACAUGUCCACAGCGCAAACAAUCGUGUAAUUUCUCGUUUCUCUUCAGAUCGAAUGCUUCUUUAUGUUUGUUUGUAAAAAAAAAAUAUCUGCCAAUGGUGUGCUUUAUGUUUCAAAAUAAUAAUAAUAUACGUUCCUUUCGAUUUU